AUGGGUGCCCCAGCAAAUGGGAAGUUCAAAGGCUCAACAAGCGCUAGAUAUGUCAAAAACACAAUCAAUAAAAGAGAUGACUAUGUGCCGAAUGGUUCCUCAAACUACAAAGCUCCAAGAGAUGAAACCAGAUCAAAGUUAGACCAAGUAAAGAAGAAUGAUCAAAUGGAUACGCUUAUGGGAUUUGAAAGAUUUGAAUCAGGUCCAACAAGAACCGGUUGGUUGACCAAUAUGCAUGCCACCACAAUUCCAAGUAAAGAUUAUAUAUCUGGUGUUGCUGGUGUUGAUUAUUAUUUCUUAGAUGAAGAAGGUGGUACUUUCAAAGCCACUAUACAGUACGAUCCAUAUUUCUUAGUUGCAUGUACACCAGGAUCUGAAGCUGAAGUGGAAGAAUUGCUAAAAAAGAAAUUAGAACAAUAUUUAAAGUCUGUUUCCAAAAUUGAAAAGGAUGACUUAGCUAUUCCAAAUCAUUUAGUUGGUAUCAAAAGAUCUUUACUAAGGCUGAACUUUCCAAAUUCUAAUGAUUUGUUCGAAGCUAAAAGAAUUAUCCAACCUAUAGUGAAGGAAAAUCAAACCAAGAAGGAUACAAGGGAUCUAUACUCAGCUGUCAACAAUAACUACACUGAUGAAUUUUCUACAAAUGCUAAGCAAGAAGUUCUUGUGGAUGCUUCGGAAUAUAUUGAGGACAUUCGUGAACAUGAUGUGCCCUAUUGUACGAGGGUUUCCAUUGAUAAAAACCUAAGAGUUGGUAAAUGGUAUAAAGUCUCUGCAGAUCAGGGCAAUAUUGAAGUUGAGGAAAUACCUGAAAGAAUUGAUUUCGGUGAUGCUGUUAUUCUUGCUUUUGAUAUCGAAACCACAAAAAGACCAUUGAAGUUCCCGGAUAGUGCUAUUGAUCAAGUGAUGAUGAUUUCCUAUAUGAUUGAUGGUGAUGGGUUUCUAAUUACAAAUAGAGAAAUUAUUUCUGAAGAUAUUGACGAUUUUGAAUAUACUCCUAAAGCAGAAUAUCCAGGGCUAUUUACAGUUUUCAAUGAAGCUGAUGAAAAAGCAACACUACAAAGAUUUUUCGAACAUAUUCGUGAAGCAAAACCUACAAUUAUUGCAACUUUUAAUGGUGAUUUUUUCGAUUGGCCUUUUGUUGAAGCAAGAGCUGCUGUUCAUGAUUUAAACAUGUUUGAUGAAAUUGGGUUUGCCCCAGAUAGUGAAGGUGAAUAUAAAUCCACAUACUGUGCUCAUAUGGAUUGUUUCAGAUGGGUCAAGAGAGAUUCUUAUUUACCACAAGGAUCUCAAGGUUUGAAAGCUGUUACCACUUCAAAAUUAGGUUAUAAUCCAAUUGAAUUAGAUCCAGAGUUAAUGACCCCUUAUGCAUAUAGUAAGCCACAACUUUUGUCUGAAUAUUCUGUUUCUGAUGCAGUGGCUACUUAUUAUCUUUACAAAAAAAUUGUCAACAAUUUCAUUAUUUCUUUAGGUAUCAUUGUUCCGUUGAACCCAGAUGAAUUACUACGAAAGGGUACAGGUACUCUUUGUGAAAUGCUACUUAUGGUUCAAGCUUAUGAAAAUGGUAUUUUGCUUCCUAAUAAACACGUUGAUCCUCUGGAAAGAUUUUAUGACGGUCAUUUAUUGGAAUCUGAAACUUAUGUUGGUGGUCAUGUUGAAUCAUUAGAAGCUGGUGUCUUCAGAUCUGAUUUAGAAAGUGAAUUCAAGAUUGAUCCAACUGCUAUUGAUGAAAUUUUGGGUGAUUUGGAAAAUGCGUUAAAAUUCAGUAUUGUGGUUGAAGGUAAACAGAAACUUGAAGAUGUUACAAAUUUUGAUGAAGUUUACAAUGAUGUCAAGCAACAACUACUAGAAUUGAGAGAUAAUCCAAAAAGAUCUGAAAAGCCACUUAUCUACCAUGUUGAUGUUGCUUCUAUGUACCCUAACAUUAUGUGCUCAAAUCGUUUACAACCAGAUUCUAUGAAGUCUGAAAAAGAUUGUGCAGCUUGUGAUUUUAAUAGACCAGGUAAAACAUGUGAUAGAAGGAUGACUUGGGCUUGGAGAGGUGAAUUUUAUCCAGCAAAGAUGGAUGAAUAUGGUAUGAUUAAAAGAUCUUUACAGAAUGAAACCUUUCCACCAAAGAAACCAUACCUGCCUAGACGAACAUUUGAAGAUCUCACAUAUCAAGAACAAGUUGCUCAAAUCAAGAAACGUUUACAAGAUUAUUCUCGUAAAGUUUAUCACAAAGUUAAACAAACUGAAACUAUUGAAAGGGAGUCUAUCAUUUGUCAGAGAGAAAAUCCAUUUUACGUUGAUACUGUCAGAUCUUUUAGAGAUCGUCGUUAUGACUUCAAAGGUUUAGCUAAAGUCUGGAAGAAGAAGUCUGAUACAAAAGAUCGUCUUGAAAAGGAAGAAGCACAAAAGAGAGUUGUUUAUUAUGAAUCUUUACAAUUGGCCUUCAAAGUUAUCUUGAACAGUUUCUAUGGUUAUGUGAUGAGAAAAGGUUCUAGAUGGUAUUCCAUUGAAAUGGCCGGUAUCACAUGUCUUACAGGUGCCACUAUUAUUCAAAUGGCUAGAGCUUUGAUUGACAGAUUAGGAAGACCAUUGGAAUUAGAUACUGAUGGUAUUUGGUGUAUCCUACCAAAAUCAUUCCCAGAAGAUUUUGAAUUCACAUUGAAAAAUGGUAAGAAAGUCUUUGUCUCCUAUCCUUGUUCAAUGCUUAACUAUCUGGUUCAUGAAAAGUUUACAAAUCAUCAAUAUCAAACAUUAGUUGAUCCAGUCACCAAGAGAUAUGAAACACAUAGUGAUAACUCUAUCUUUUUUGAAGUUGAUGGUCCCUACAAAGCUAUGAUUUUACCAACAUCAAAAGAAGAAGGGAAAGGUCUUAAAAAACGUUAUGCUGUCUUCAAUGACGAUGGUACAUUAGCAGAAUUGAAAGGUUUUGAAUUGAAAAGACGUGGUGAACUACAAUUGAUCAAGAAUUUCCAAUCUGAUAUUUUCAAGUUGUUUUUGGAAGGUGAUACUUUGGAAGGUUGUUACGCUGCAGUCGCCAAUGUUGCUAAUAGAUGGCUUGAUGUUUUGGACACUAAAGGUCGUAUGCUUGAAGAUGAAGAUUUAAUUGAGUUAAUUUGUGAAAACAAGAGUAUGAGUAAGAGUUUAGAAGAAUAUGAAGGACAGAAAUCUACAUCUAUCACCACUGCUAGAAGAUUGGGUGAAUUUUUAGGUGCUGAAAUGGUUAAAGAUAAAGGUUUGGCUGUUAAAUAUAUUAUUUCUGAAAGACCAUUAAAUGCCCCUGUUACGGAAAGAGCCAUUCCAGUCGCCAUAUUCUCAUCAGAUAUCACAGUGAAGAGAAAUUUCUUAAGAAGAUGGUUGUUAGAUCCAUCUUUAGAUGAUUUUGAUGCUAGAAAUAUUAUUGAUUGGAACUAUUAUAAAGAACGUCUUGAAUCUGUCAUUCAAAAGAUCAUCACCAUCCCAGCUGCUUUACAAGAUGUUGAAAAUCCUGUUUCAAGAGUUGCACAUCCAGAUUGGUUACAAAAGAGAAUCAGUGUUAGUAAGGAUAAAAAGAAACAAUCAUCGUUGGCAACCUUUUUCACUAAAACUAAAGAGAAUCCGGUUGAUGUUAUGAAAGAUAUUGAAGAUAUCGGAAAAGAAGAAGCUGCAGAAGGUAAGAGACCAUUAGUUGGUAAAGUUACCUCCAAGAAGCGUAAAAACCAACAUACUGAAACAUCUGACCCAACUGAAGAAGAGGUCAAUUUGCUAAAUGGUGCUUGUCCAUCAAUUGAUGAAGAUUAUGUUAGUUUCUUGGAAUACCAAAAAGCAAAAUGGAAAGUUCAAAAAAAAUCUAGAGAAAGAAGAAAAGCUUUAUUUGGUGAAUCUUCUGAAUCAAGUUAUAGAUCAACUGUUGGUAACAUGGUACGCCAUCAAGCUGAAAGUUUUGCUGGGUCUACAUGGCAAAUCCUUCAAUACAAAUUGGAUACCAAUCCUGGUGAUAUUAGGGCAUUUGUGUUGAUUGAUGGUAAAAUUCAGUCAUUUAUAUUUCAUAUUCCAAGAAAAUUGUAUCUAAGUUUCAGAUCUACAGCUCUACCAGGUGGUACUAUCCCAAGUUGUGAGGUUGAAAAAGUUAGCAGCAUUUUACCAAAUGGUCAUAAAGCUUCCAAUUUGUUCAGAUUGACCAUGCCUGAAAGUGUUUACCAAGAUGAAUUGAAUAAAGCUGGUAGUAUUUUGCAAGAUCCAAAUGUUUUGGGUUUAUAUGAAGCUCAAGUCGAACCAACUGAAAGAGCCAUUAUGGAACUUGGUAAUUCAGUGACCUUCAACUCGAACAAAAUUGGUUCAUUGGGUAAAGGGUUGAAAAAUGGUUUUGAAUUGAAGUCUUUAUCAAUGACAGAUACACAUCAUUACUUGCAAAAAUUUACAAUGCCAACUGCCUAUUUAUUUCACAUGAUUUCAAAUGAGUAUGAGAUAUAUUCAUUGUUCAAGUCUUGGGACAAAAAAGUUAUGGUUUUUGUUUUGAAACCAUCAAGAAAUGCACAACCUAUUUCUGGUAAUUUGGAGAAAAUUUAUAAGGAGAUUUAUGAAGCAAAGAAGGAGAAAUUCAGCAAAUUAUAUGACAUUAUUGAUUAUCAAGAAGAACUUGAAUUUGAAACUCAAUACUUUGAAGAAUUACCUAAACUUUUCAAAAAAUUGAACAGUUUUAUCAACAAAAUUAAUGAUGAAAGUCCAUCCAAACCAUUGUUUGUUUUACAAUCUCCUAUUUCUAACAAACUAUCAAAAUCUUUUAAAGUUUUGACUGACUUCCCAGUUAUCCAUAUGAAUGUCGGUGAGAUCAACGCACCAGCUAUUGGUUGGCAAACAAUUGUUUUGAAGAGAAUUUGCAAUCAUUAUUUGUCAUUAGCUUCUUGGAUCAAACACCUUUUGUCAUUGGCCAAGUAUGGUAAUAUCCCAUUAUGUAACUUGAAAACUGACAAUAUUGGUUAUUUGAUUGAUAUUGAAUAUGCUAGAAGAUUGAAAAAAAACGACAUUGUCUUAUGGUGGUCUCCAAAUCCGGUUCCAGAUUAUGGUGGUGUUCAAAAAGAUAUGAUUUUAAUGAAUAAUGAGAACUAUGAAUUCCCAAUAAUCAACAAUCCAGAGAUUUAUGAGACUGUUUGUUUAGAGAUUGAUAUUGAUAACUUGACAAUCAAUACAGUGUUAACAUCAUCACUCAUUAAUGAAGCUGAAGGUACGGAUUUAGCUGAUAUGGAGUUGAUUUUUGAUGAAAACAAUGGUACUUCAACUUUUGCUGAAGAUUCAUUUUCUGGUGCAAGUUUAGCUGUUUUGAGAACUAUGGUUAAAGAUUGGUGGGAUGAUGCUGUGAAGGAUAAUGUCAAUGCUGAUUCUAUGGUCCAUACGUUUGUCUCUUGGGUUCAAGAUAAUAAAUCAUUCUUAUAUGAUUCUUCUUUGAAAUACCAUGUUCAUAAUUUGACAAAAAAGGCAUUACUACAAUUGGUUGGUGAAUUUUCUAAACUAGGUUCAAGUGUUGUUUUUGCCAAUAGAUCCAAGAUUAUCUUGAAAACUUCAAAAGUUUCUGUUGAAAAUUCAUAUGCUUAUGCUCAGUACAUUGUUAAAGCUGUCAGAUCUAGACCAUUGUUCAAUUAUCUUGAUUUACAAAUUGACAAAUAUUGGGAUCUGUUGAUUUGGAUGGAUCAACAUAAUUUUGGUGGUAGAGCUUGUCUUGAUAUUUCUGAAAAGGAAGAACAAGAACUGAUUGGUCUUUCCAAAUGGCAAAUUAAACAGUAUUUACCAAGGUUAUAUCAACCAGAAUUUGAAGAUUGGAUCAUUAUUUUCCUAGAUGCUUUAAUCAAAGAGAAAAACAAAAUGGGUAAUGACUUUUCCACACCAAGAGUUACACAAAUCAAUCAUAUUUUGAAAAAGCAACAACAAUCAACAAAGAGUCAAGAGGAAGAUAUUCAAAAUGGUAUUUGUGAAGCUUUUAGAAAACCAUUAUUGAAAAGGGUUAAACAAUUGUUGCGUAAUCAAACAGAGGCUAUUCUUGAUCCUGAUUUGCUUGAAGAAUAUGAAUUUCCAAAACUUCCAGGUUCAUCAACCAAUAUGAAAAAUCCAACUUUGGAAUUGGUGAAGUAUUUAUGUGCUAUUUUCAGUUUAUCUAAAAAGAGAAACUUGGAAAUCAGAUUGUUGAGAAAAGAGUUGUUGAAUAUUUUUGAGGUUAGAGAAUUUUCUAAAGAAGCUGUUUUCUAUAAUCCAAGUAACACGUUGAAAAUUGCUGGUGUUUUAUGUGAAUACUGUCAUCAUAUUAGAGAUAUUGAUUUUUGUCGUGAUGAUGAGAAAAUCUUGUGGAAAUGUGAAAAAUGUGACAAGAAUUAUAACAAGGCAACAUUAGAGGAAAGUUUGAUUGAAGGAUUAGAAAAAUUGGUUACCAAUUAUUUCAUUCAAGAUGUUAAGUGUGAAAAAUGUAACAGAGUCAAAGAAAGUGAUAUGACUGAUUAUUGUCCAUGUUCAGGAAGAUUUGUUGAAUCUCAAACAAAGCAAGAAGUUGCAGACAAGUUUGCAACAUAUGAAAGUAUUGGAGAGUUUUAUGACUUGAGAUUAUUGAGAGAUUUCAUUGAUCAAGUGUUUUGA